CGAGCUGAGGACAAAAUUGAGCUGCCAUGCCUUCACGGCCGUUAUUUCUCAAACCGUCAUCGUUCUCGGCGCAGAACGGCACCAAGAAUAAUUACGAUCCGUCGGCCGUAGUCUUGACCUGUGACCAAAUCGCGACGGGGAGGAUCGCGAAGAACACGAAUGCCAAGGCGGUGUCCUGAGUUUGGAGGGAUGCAGCGAGCUUCUUCGAAAAGUACUUCGACGGCAAAGGAGGAAAGAGGAAAAGCGCGCUUAUAUGUGUGUAUCUGCGAGAGACAGAAAGAGAGAGAGAGAGAGAGGAGAGAAAGUCGGGUCGAAGCCGCAAGAGCGCGCGAGGUCGAUCGAACAACACCCCGGUCGCGAAGCGAGUACCGCGUUGUCGACCGUUUAUUGCUUGCCACGUAGUACUACACGAAGAAGUUCGUGAAUACGCGCCGAGCCGUUGACUGGAUAACUCAGCGAUCAGAGGCUGCCACGAGGACGAGCUUGUAGCAUAGGUUGCAGUCGGGACAAGCCAAGAUAAUUCCGAUAUGCCAACAGUCUAGCUACUUCGCUGUCGCUAUUGAUUGCUUAAAUAACAAGCUGAAUGUAGACACUCAAAGAGCUAGAUUUUGUAGAGAAUCAAUAAUUAAUCUACAAUGCCUGGUAAAAUCAAAGUAAAAGUCCUGGCAGGACGUAACCUACCAGUGAUGGAUCGUUCCAGUGACACAACAGAUGCUUAUGUCGAGAUUAAGUUUGGUAGUACUACAUAUAAGACUGACGUGUGCAGGAAAUCUCUCAAUCCACAAUGGAACUCUGACUGGUACAAAUUUGAAGUAGAAGAUGCUGAAUUGCAGGAUGAACCAUUACAAAUUAGAUUAAUGGAUCAUGACACUUAUUCUGCUAAUGAUGCGAUUGGAAAAGUUUAUAUAAACCUAAAUCCGCUCUUACUACCUGGGGUUCCACCUCCUGUCAAGAAUAUAUGGACUCUUGAGGCUUCUAUCAAUUCUACUACUGGUGCACAAGGAGGCCUAAUCAUGACUGGAUGGCUGCCGGUGUAUGAUACAAUGCACGGAAUAAGAGGAGAAGUCAAUAUUAUUGUCAAAGUCGAAUUGUUUUUAGAUUUCAACAAGUUUAGACAAUCGUCAUGUGGUGUUACAUUUUUUUACUCUCCAAUAGUUCCUCAUGGAUAUCAUGCCCAAGUCAUACAUGGCUUUGUUGAAGAGUUAGUCAUUGGUGAUGAUCCAGAAUACAAAUGGAUUGACAAAAUAAGAACUCCUAGAGCUUCAAAUGAGGCACGACAAACUUUGUUUCUCAAGCUUAGCAAUGAAGUGCAGAGAAAAAUUGGCUUAAAAGCUUUAGAUCUUGGUGGCAAUGCUGUUAUUGGAUAUUUACAAAAUUUUGAUCUGGAAGGAGAGUCUGGUAUCGUAGCGAGGGGCAUAGGAACAGUAGUUACACUGGUCAAGCUUCAUGAUUUUCAAAACUUUGCCACUGAGCCAACAGCAGAAGAGCAAAACAACCAACAGCAGCAAGAUCAGCAGCCCGUCAGUCCAGCGAGCAGCAAGCAGCACCAGCUGCCCCAGAACUCACCGGCCGCGAGGAAUCCCAUCGUGCCGUUGCACAGGAGGAGCAGCGACUCCGAUCUGAGUAUCACGCCCAAAGGAUUUUAUAAAUUCUUUCGCGAACAUAAUAAAAGUUGCGUGAAGAAGGGCAGAUCCUUCAGAAUACGAUCAGAUCGAUCGCGUCAGUCGUCGCGUCCGUCCUCGCGCUGCUCCUCACGACUGAUGCUCAGCGCCGCCAGCUCAGGCAACUCGCUGACGGGAAGCGAUCGCUCGAUGGGCGGUUACUUGAAGCCGGCGGGCCUCGUUAGGACGAUGAAUCAGGAGGCGCUGGAGAUGCUCGAAUAUCCGUUCAUCACGAUGCAGCAGUAUCCGCCCGGCUUCGUGCUCCAAAUCGGUGGCUUCGUUAGCGCGCGAUCGGUCAAGUUACUCGAAAGGAUAUCCAAUCUGGAGGAGCCCGAGGGACGCGACGCUUGGUGGACCGAGAUACGCAUGGAAGUGAGGUCCCACGCCCGAGCGCUCGCCUGCAACGUCGUCAUUGGCUAUCGGGAGGAGACGAGCAUCUGCGACGACGUGUGCGUGCUGAGCGGCUUCGGCACCGCGGCCGUGAUCAACCUUCACAGCACGGGCCAGGACCAGGACAACGUGCUGAUCACGCACGUGCAGGGCCCGAUGACGAGCUCGGCCGACUCCACCGACAAGCUCGCCGAGCCGAAAACACCGAGCUCCAAGAGCGCGCCGAGAGACGCGCCCGAGAUGAGCAGCCUCGCCGGCACACCCGGCAGCAGCUCCGGCCACAAGCCCAAGCAGCGCCUGGCCUCCGAGAGCAACGAGCACGAGCCGGCGGCGAACGCGACGACUGGCUGCAGCUUGUGCCAUCUGCCUUACAACAAGUCUAGCAUGAAUUUUCAGGUGUGCGUGUCAAAGUGUGCAGUCUGUCGCCGCGCGAAAGUGCCGGACGUUUUGUUCACCACCGUGGAGUUGCCGGAAAACAUCCCGCUAACCGGCAGAGGUUGUUUCAUCCAAGCGACGGUCUGCAAAGCCAAGAAAGAUCUGCGAGGCGAACUCAACGCUAAAGAGAUUUCCGACUGCCUUCCGUUCCUCGAGUACGAGAUGCACAGCUUGCUGCUCAAUAAGCUGAGGAUGCGUGGAAUGAAUGCGAUUUUUGGUCUCAAAGUGCAAGUUUCUAUCGGCGAGAGACUUGUUAUUGGCAUGGCUGUCGGUACCGCGGUGUAUUUGACAGCUUUGCCACUACCUUCGCCACCGCGGAUCAACGCGAGCGGGAAUUCGUGGAACGACGAUCAGCUUGCUGAGAUGCAGAAGAGCCUUGUGGAGACUGUCAAAAAGAACAUCGAGUUUUAUCAGUUGAAACCUCUGCAGGAGGGAGAGAAUGGAAAAUCAAUGUCCGAUACCGACGAGUCUGAGGAUGAAUUGCCCGAACUCGAUUUGGGACUCGGUAUGAAAGACGUUUGCUUGCUGGAAGUCGACGACGUUGAGGAUCUGGACCGCAUAAAUCUGUUGAUGGAUGAGCGACCACCUAACGAUUUUCACGUUGUUAAUACCGAGGUUAUUCCUGGAUUGGAAGAUCUUGAAAUUGUUCGCAAUCUUCAAAUGUUUACUCAGGUCUCAAGAGCAAAAAUACCGAUUGGCCAACCAGCUUCGAUGCCGCCCAAAUAUUUCGCUCGUCUCUUGCAAACCGUAUACUUCAAGCUGAGGCGCAUGGUGCCGUGUGCUCUGUGCGACUUGCAAUUCAAAGUAUCAAUGCCCGAACCCGAUGAGAUUCAGCUAUCGGUUGUUGGUAUGGCUUUGGGAUUGGGUGAACCUACAAAGUACAACAAGUUUCGUAGAAGAUUAUUAUCUCACUCGAUUAGCAAGGAUCAAGUCAAACGAACCGGCGACGAUAACGAUAUGAUAUUUAGCCUCGAGGAAGACCACGCCGAGAAUUUCAGCAGCGGAGGUGAGUCUCAGACGACGCUCAAUACUCUCACCCAAAAACCCCGACCGCGGUCGCCUCUGAGGAUUAAGCACACUACUCACCGACAUAAACACGUGCCGUUGAAAGAGAGAUACGGAGUAGAUAUAACUCCGUUGUCGUACUUACCCGGCGGCAGGAUCGAGAGGUAUUUAGGAAACUUAAACUUUUUCUUCAUCAGGGAAUCUAAUUCCAUUAGAGAGAACGGUGGACUCAGUGGAUUCACUCACAGUUUUAUCACCGAGGUUUUAGCCAUAGUCCGAGCUCACGUUACGUCCCUCGGUGGUAAUGCCAUGGUUGCCUUUUUCAUGUCUCAGUGUGUUCUAUUGAACAGUCCUCAUAAAAAUCAGGGUCAAUGCUUGAUCAACGUAGGUGGCGAUGUCGUCAGUGUAUCGUACUUUGGAAACGACGGCAAACCACCGCCAUCAGCAUCAACUGGAGCUGCAACUAACUGCUGACAACAGCCGCCUUAUUCUGCGCCACCGUAGCGCUCAUCCUUCGAGCUAUAAGGGCUCAAAGUAACGUUAUACUUAUUAUAUACCUGUUAAUACCAAUUUUUUACGCGGAUUAGAUUAUUACAUAUACUGUUAGCAAACAAUUUUUUCGUUGCUGUUUUUAAAGAGAUACGAAUUGUUAUACGACAAAGAAGUGGAAGUAUUUUGAGAAAUUAGUACUUUGUUAACUUUUGUUGGAUUAAUACAGGAGAAUUUCAUUAGCGAAUACUUACUUGGCAAAGUUGCAUUUUUGAAGUAAUUUUGUUGACGAAAUGGUUCUUAUUGAACUCUAGUCGAGGGUUUUGGCUUCUGAUCCGAUUAUUUGAUUUCAUGUUUUAAUAUGCCAUUUUUCCAACUAUUUACAAUAGUUAUCUGGAUAAUAGCUGCCUUAGAUCGGAAAACACUUAUUCUAUUUAUUGAUGAUCUGAUUAACGUUAAUUAGUUGAUAAGUAUGUAAGAAACAAGUCGACUUGAGAAAGUGCCAAUGAUAUCAUCAAAUGACACGUAGUCCUAUACUGCGAUAACACUCAAAAAUACAUAAUUGUGCCUGAUAUUUCAUUAUAUCGAUAUCAGAAAAGAAGGCAAAUAGUACAGUGACGAGUAUGACUCAACUUUUUCGUAUUGUUAAAACUCUGAUAAAGGCUGAGAUAUGAUGUGUUCAGAAAUUCAAAGUGUUCCGAGAUAACCGUGUCCAAACUCAAGUCAAGAACUCUGAAUUAUCAAACUACUUAACAGAGAAAUGAACGAACCUAGUCGCCGAAAGAGAAAAGAAUCUCAGUGACAUUUAAACAUAAUAAUUUGUUCCAUACGUGAACUGAGUGACAACUAUGAUAUAUUUAAUUCAAGUAUAAUACUAUAUAUAUUUUUGCAAAAGGAAAAAAAGGCGGGCACUCGCAAGAUGUCCAUAUAUUUUACUUUCUUCAACGGAAAACAGUAUUUUUUUAAAACUCUGCUGUCGGCUCGCGUACACACGUAAAUGUAUAAUGCUACCGUUAGUCGUUCCAUAAGAGAAAAUAUGUUACAGUACACGUGCAAAUGUAUAAUGCCACCGUUAGACGUUCCAUAAGAGGAAAAAUGUUACAGUAUUUGUUCUUCCGGUAUUGUUAUUGCUGAGUGUGACGAUACAUGUCGCACAAAUUUGCAAAUGUUGCGCGCGCGCUGGCGCUUCUGAAAAUGUUUGCGCGAGACAGCAAUUUGAAUUUUCGCUGUGUCUUUUUUCUUAUUUUCGCCGAUGAAUAUUUAAUUGCUUUGUUGCCUUUACAAAUUAUCGAUCGUUGUCGAGUCGAUUAAAUUCUCUGCCUCGAUUACGCCUCCGUAUGACAUUGGAUUUACGAUGGACAAGCAGAAAUGUAUGGAUAUUUUUUAUUUGAAUUAUACAUCCCGAGAGG